UUGCACCAUGAAACCAUGAUCCUAAAUGUCUGUAUAUGUGUCUUUAUAUGUGUCUGCAGGAGUAAGCGUCAUAAGUCUGGCUCUAUGGAGGAAGAGGCUGACAGUCCAGGAGGGGAGUAUUACCACUCACCUUCCUCUCCUGCCAGCAGCUCCAGAAACUGGACCGAUGACAUGGAGGGAGGCCUGUCUCCUCCAGUGAAGAAGGCAGAGCUGGACAGUCCUUCCCCCCAGGAAGACUCACCAAGACUGGGCUCCUUCACUCAGCAUCAUCGACCAGUCAUAGCUGUUCACAGUGGUCUGUCUCGGAGUCCUCACCCCUCCUCAUCUCUUCAUUUCCCGUCCUCCUCCUACUUCCCCCAUGGAGCAAUCCGCUAUCCUCCUCACCUGGCCCAGGACCCCCUAAAAGAUCUCGUCUCACUGGCCUGCGACCCUGCCAAUCAAGCGUCCAGCUCGCUAAAUGGCAGCAACCAGGUUAAAGUGCCCACUCACUACAUCUCCUCUCAGAUGUUGGCACCCCCUGGACCAGCACCCUCCCUGGCUCCUCCGCCAUCCUCCCUCCCCAGGCCGACACUGCCUGCAGAGUCAAAGGCCACUACCACAUCCUCUGAUGGGGCACACUCCCCCACAUCACCCACAUACUCGGCCCCUGGGACCCCCCCUGCUAAUCGCACCUCCUUCGUUGGAGUCACCCCUCGAGACCCAGGUGGACUCUACCAAGCCCAGUCUUGGUAUCUGGGCAACUGAGUGAACUCUGGAGGAAAGGUGAUUGUCAAGGCAGUACUGUCCUGGAGGAAAGCAAACAAUGUUGUCAAGACAUUGCCAGAGGAAAAAUAUAUUCUGCUUUGUAGAAUGAUAACGUGGUCAUACAUAUAUAUAAAUAUUCAGUGUGAUAUAUUUAUAUAUGUGUAUAUACCCAGAAGACACAGCUUGGAUGGAAGAAGGAUGCUGCUUUCACUUAUUGUUGCAGCCACAGAAAGAAUGAACUAUGCUAUAUGACACUAAAUGGUUCUCACUAAUGGCCACUGACAUGAGAUUUUCAAGUCAAAGUCAUGGAGUGAUGCAGAUGUCUGGUUGGUCCAGAAGAACUGCAGACCAGAACCAGGCCUCAAAACACCAGAUCCUAAGAAGCCUGUAACCUAACUGUGUACCCAGGAUGAGGCCUGUUUCCCUGGGAUGGAUGUCAGCCUUUGCCCCUGUAUCCUGGGUCUUUACACUAAAUCUAGUAUAAGGCCUCCUCCCUGGGACAGACAUAGACCUCAUCCCCCUUCAACUCCCAGAAUGCCCCUCUCCGCUGCAGGUGCUGCUUAUAAUAUAUGCAAAUAAGCCUACCUUAUUUUCUGAAACGACUAGCAAGAGAGAUCCUGUUGUUAAAAUGUAAUGUUUAUUUGCACUUUUUAAUAUGUUAUAGAUACAUCUAAAGAAAAUUAAGAGUUGGACAUUGCAGUUUUUUCCUCUCUUCCCACCAAAAGACAGAGGCUUUGUCUUUUUUAUUGACAAUCAUCAGCCUGAAACCAUUAAGUUGCUUUGCUCAUGUUUUUAAGACUGUUUGAUUGUGCUUUUUUAUCAGAUAACAAUGAGUAAUAGUGGAAUAUAAGAGCUAUAAUUAUGCCUCCUAAAACACAACACACAAUGCUACAGUUGGACACCAGUGUAGAGUUAUGCCCAGUGCUACUGGUAUCUGUCUCUAGCACAGGACAUCUUUUUAUAUGAAUAUCCUGCUGCUUCCUUCCCUUCAGAUGAUGAUCAAUUUGUCAGGACAGCACUUACUCAAACAGCCAAAGGCACAGUGUUUGAUGAGACAUGCACCUGCCAUAAAGAAAGGCCUCAGUAGAACCGAGAAAAGGCAAAGUCGCACUAAAACCAGUAUCAGUAAACUGGUUGCUGAACUCUGUGUUUGAAACUGUAGCACAGUGUGGUGUGCUUGUCUCUUUUGUGUGUGUGUGUGUGUGUGUGUGUGUGUGUGUGUGUGUGUGAGUGAAAGAGAGAGAGAGACAGUGUGUGUGUAAGAAUGAGAAGGUUCCUGCAUUUCCACCCUCCUCCCCGCUCUGUUUUGAGGAGAUGUUGUCUAGAUUUUGUUUGUGUCUCAGAAAGGACAGUGGCGGGGUUUGUACUUGUAUGUAGGUAGAUUAGAAAGAGAAAAGCAGGUAUUGCACUAUGCUUAAGUUCCUUUUUGAGAAAGUGAUGAUGUUACAAACCCUGCAGGCUGUUGUAUGUUUUUCUUGAAGAUGUCAACGUUUAUGACAGCAGGUCUGGUGCAUACUGCCUUGACCUGAGCACAAAAUCCAGGUUUCUUGUCCAGCUCUAGAAUAAGUGGUGGUCUACAAGGUGUCCCUGACAGGUUCUGUGUCACUGUGUAGCUUAACCUCAACCCAACCUGAACAAUGUGUGGACAGUUAGCGAUGAGCGAGUACACCCUUAUUGCAUCUGUAUCUUUUCAGCCAGCUAAAUGAUCUGUAUUUAUAGCCAUACUUGGAAUGGGUGGGGCUUAACAUGGGUGUCAGUGGCUUAAACUCUAAGUGGGAGGGGCUUAUCUGGGGGGCUAUAUUUAUUAGAAAAUCUCUUUACAGAAUAGAGCUCCAGAGCAAUGUUUUUGAUCACAAGAUUUUAGCCAAGUACUCGCUCAAGGGGUUCAGGCAGGAGUGAGCUGGUGCCAGGGUUGGUUUCAAGUCACUACUAACAACACGCAACAAAUCUAGCAUUUAAAACCAGAUUUUUUUUAAGCCAUGAGCUACCUUUUUUGUAUCCAACCUUGACAUAAUAUUUGCAUUAUGACAGUGAAUUUGUGAAGUAAAGCAAUAUUCCCUUGUGGCUGGCUUUUCACAGCAUCAUUUAGUCAAUAAUCUUUUGAAAGGCAUUUAAUAGUUUCAAAUCUUACAUGCUGCAUUUUAAAUGUGAUUAGAAUGCUCUUGUCACAUUUGACAAGGUUAGCAUUUAAUAGAAUCCAAACAUUAAUCCUUAUCUCACCAAUGGUGGCAUCUCAAAACAGCACAUUCAUAGGAGCAACAGAGUGAGAUGUCAGCUCAAGGGAUAGCAACAACUCAGUAUCAAUCAAGAGCGGAUUGUAGACACAACACAACAUCCAGAAUCAAAUUAUUAAACAUAUCACCAUUGAUAUUUGUUCAAUACAACAGUAGUAGAUUUGCAUCUCUUUGGGGAUAAAAACAGUGAAUAUUAAUUAGAUUUUUAGACACUUAUAUUUUAUAAUCAGUGCCAUAUUUUAACCUCCAAGGUUUUGCAACUGUAUAGCAGUGUAUUGAAAUGUGUUGCCUGGGGUUGUGGAUUGGUUAUUCUGCGUUGAGGUGCGAUCAGAUAGAACGGCAAGUGAAUUUUGCUUUGUGUUUCUGCAGUCUGCAGAUGUUAGUCAACGAUUUGGUCACUUGUGUUCCGUGCGCAGACAGCAGAGAAAAGUCAAAAUAUCAUUGUUGCUUGUUGUACAUCAUUGGUUUAUAUCUUGGAACAGAUUUUCCUGAUCCUACAACUUCUAUCUGCCUGGAAAGAUAAAAUGUUUUCCAAGGGCAGUCUAAAUCCAAUAUUUCAGACCACUGCUGUGGUCUGAGCAGUGGAGAAGGAAGGGAGUAGAGCAGUGUGGUAUGGUCAGUCAAAUAUUGGAUUCAUACAUUGGUUUUGCUCCAGGAAAACAUUUUAUUAUAUUUACACUCCGAGCAGAAAGCAGACAUAUAUGGUACUAAAUCUGUGGGAUUACAGCCUCCUGUAGCAAAAGAUAACAUUUUGACUUUUCCCACAAGUUUCACAGAGUAACAUUCAUUGGUCGAGGCAGACGGCCACCCACCUAAAGCCGGGAUCUGGCUGAGGUUUCUGCCUCUUUAAAGGAAGUUUUUCCUUGCCGCCGUCGCCAACUGCUUGCUCAUGGUGGGAACUGUUGGGUCUCUGUAAAUAAUGUUAUAAGGAGUUCGGUCUAGACCUGCUCUAUUUGAAAAGUGUUUUGAGAUAACUUCUGUUUGAAUUGGCGCUAUACAAAUAAAAUUGAAUUGAACAUUCAUUCAAUUCAACGUUCACCAGGGACUCCAGUGGGGUCUGAUAUUUUCCUCCAGCUCUCAUCCUUUUUCAUCUUGUGUAUUUAUACAUUUUAGUGUCAAAUUGUCUUGGAAUAAGUGUGAUUUGGUUUUGCUGAAGUUGAAACAUUUUCCUUUGUAUUGAAUUUAGAAUUGGCUUUGCGUUCAGUCUUAACACAGGUGUCCAUGUCUUUCUCUUUUCCUUUCCCAUGGUUUGGGGUUAAAGUUGACAGCGGUCAGUGCCUACUAGGGAAUCAGAUUUUGUACUGAAGGUGCUGAUACGAGCGGGGGUUUGGUAGGAUAAGGUUUAAAGUUUGGUUAAAGUUGGCUUAAAGCUGAUGUAAACUGCAUGGUGCUGCCCUGGUCGCUGUGCUGACCUAAUGAAUGCAUGGCUCAAACUGAUGAUACCUCUUCCUCUCUAUCCUGCUCUUCCUCCUCCUCCCCUUCCUCCCUCUCCACUCUGUGCUACAUCAGAGGGCAGUGGAUGGAAGGGCUCUUAUUCUUUACAUUUUAAUAAUAGCCCUGUUGUUAAACUUCUAUUUUGCACGAUAUUUCAUAAAACACAUUAUGUGCCUUGCCAUUAGUUAAAGAACAAUAAUACAUUACGGAAAGUGAUCAUACUUUUGAUACUUUUCAUGGUACAGCUGGAAGCUUAAAAAAAACUACAAAAAAAGCUGCAUGUGUGAUUGCCUGACAUUAAGCAGUGUAGCAGGUAAACAGUUUUAUGUUAAACAGUGGCAGUGUAUGAACUGCCAGCUCAGAUGCUAACUUGAGUUUAAGCUCAAUGAAAGCUUUCAUUAGCUUCAGCAGACACUGGGUCAGUGCUUAUUCUCUACUUCCAUUCAACUAAAGGCACAGCAAAUCUUUACAGUGUGAAAGGAGCAGUCUGACAUUUUGGGAAAUACACUAGUUUGCUGUCAUACUCAGAGUCACACAAAAAGGAUGAUACCUCUUUUAUCCCACAGGACACAUGGUGCAGACAAUGUUUUUGUGCCAAGCUCAGCUAAACACAUCCCAGCAUUUGCCCCUGCUAUUGUAAAGGUGUGGUAAGAAUUAUUUGUCUGUUAAAAUAAGUGUACAAUAGCUCCGUACUAACAUGGGUCCCUCCUGUCUUAGUUAGCCAACAUUUCACCUACAGCACCUUUAACUCAGGGUGCAUUAACUAUCUUUUUUCUGUUGCUUUCAACCACACCACACAGGUUCCAUCAGUUGAUUGGGUUGGCUCAGGUGUCAUCCUGUGACAUAAGUAUAGAACUUAUGGUAGGUCAAAUGAUAUCAAGUUGUUAUAUCAAAGAGUGUCCUGAGAUAACUUCUGUUAUGAUUUGGUGCUAUACAAAUAAAAUGGAAUUUAAUUGAAUAUAGGGGAGAUCUUAAACCCAUUCCCUGCUUUAGGACAUUAAGAUAAGAUUAUAAUAUAAUUUGUCAAACUAAUUUCCAAGUUCAUGCGUGAUCUGUACACAUAAAUAUAUUGUCAUCCUAUUUUAGUCAAACUAGAAAAGAACUGUAGUUCCCAAAAUGGUGGAUGGUUCCUUUAGGUGUUUUAGAGACAUCAUUUGACACAAGUGGGUGUUGGUUGCAAUCAUGGAGCUGGUCUGGUUCUGAAGCUCUGCUGUUUAAGGCUAAAGUGUUGGCUUAUAUAUAUGUGUGUGGACUGAGGCAAAUUAACAUUGACAGUGUUGCUGUGUGUGAUACAUCACCAACACACUGUUAAAUUCUAGAUAUGUGUUGUCCCAAAAUGUGUACACCUGUGUGUUGUAAAGUAAACACUGUUUUAGGGGUGUGGGUACAGUAUGGCUACCUAUGCGAAAAUGCCACUUUGCAAAAGCAAAUACAUUUGUUCUGAAGGUAAAGUCUGGUUCUAAGUCCUACCUAAAUGUUCACAAUAUAAUGCUCACAAUACUGCUCAGUGUAUAUCCUGGUUUAAUAUCAAGUAUUAAAUACAUGCAAACACAUCUGAUAGUAUUUAUUGCAAGGAAAAGUAUUGUGAAUAUUUUGUCAGGCAUUUAGUCAACAUGGCCAAGCCACAGCCCAUCUAAUGGAAGCAUGUUCAGGUUUGGGCUUCAAGGCUCAGCCGCUCUAUGACUGGCCAUUACAACACCAUCCAUUUGCCUGUAUGAGGACUUUACCCACGUGACUACAUAGUACAAAAGGCCAUAGAUGAGUCUUAGUUUUAUAUGGAUGCAUGCACUUAACACUAUUCUUACUUAACUUGGCUUUUAGGUGUUUUAUUUUAUUUUUUUGUUAUUUCUUGAGUUGUUGUUAUUGCUUGUUGCUUGUAGAAUUUGUUUUAAACACAGCAGUGUGUAUAGAAAUAUGUCCAACAUGGACUUACCAGUUAAAAACAAGGGAUGUAUAAAAUGUUUAAGUUGGUUGUGUUUGUGCAUUUUAGUUUGGCUGUCUCAAGAUAGCGGCCAGACCGCAGCAGGACCCAUGAUAUGGGAAGUAUUGUAGGUGGGCUGGUAGCUAAGUUCAGCCAGAAGGAUGAUGAUGGGUGAAAAUGGUAAUGGGAGAAGUUAGGGUAGAAUUCACUCAAAGAGUGCAUACCGCCACUAAGGCUGCACAAUCCUUUUAAAUGUGUUAUUUUAAUAACGGACAGUGUUUAUAAAGAUGUCAAUCAGUACACAGUUUUAGACACUGGUGUCAUGCCGAUUGUUGCUUGGCAGCAACAUUUUUUAAAUAUCUAUAUAGUGUCCUGAAAUAUUGGCGCUUUGUAUGAGGUGAAUUGUGCAAAAUUACACACUGUUACAAAUGUUUUGUAUUUGCAUAUUAGGUGUGGAUAGAUUAAGAGAUUAAGUUUCUUGCACUUGCUCAACGUGGUCAAUCGUUUAUGUCACUUAGGCCAUACCUAAAAGAAAUUGUGUGUCAUGUGGCAUAUCAAAAGCUAAUGAAUAUCCCACCCAAAUAUCUCAUGGCACAUUUGGUAUGAAUAGAAUGAAGUAGGGAAAAGGGGAAAUUAGAAAGUCAGACCUUGUCUUAAUUGUUAAUUAGAUCUGAUCUGAAAUGUGGUGGACCUGAACAGACCUAAACAGAGAUGGCAGCAGCUUGCUGCUCCACCAGUUAAACAAAAGAUCAAUACAUGGUCUUUAUCCUCCACUUCACAGUUCACUCUCUGUCUCCUGUGAGCUGAUCUAGAGUCUGCUUGGAUCCCUCAGGUAUUAGACAUAUUGAGACCCAGAACUGAGAUCUGCAGCAAUACAACAGAACACUACCAGACCUGGCUGACUCAGGACCUGGUUAGGUCUUGGAUAUUAAGAACUCAGUGAAAGAUAAAGAGCUUUGUUAAGAGUUAGGAGUUAUGUUAGAAAUUAUAACCCAAAGUGAAAAGUGCUUUAUGUCCAAAUGAUGGCACUACUGGUACAGUCUGUUUCUUUCCACAGAAAUGUACUGAACACUUUUCAGUGUUGCAGGAUCAAAAACAGAAGUUGGAGGUUAUAAUUGUGAGCUUUAUGUCCACUGCAGAGUAACAGCAGCUUGGGGUGAAGCUGACAGUAGUGCUGAUUGUGAUUGUUAACCUUAAAAGUACUUGGCUAGAUUCAAGUAUAUCAGGCCAAGUUGUUGUUAAAAUUUCACGUUUACACUCUCUCCUUCAGUCAAAGAUAUCUUGGCUGUAAUAAUGUGUUAAAUAAUAUGAUGGUGAUGGUGAGACUGUGCAACCAGCAACAGCAGCAUGAAGCUGGACUGUGGUACUCACAUUGCUGUCACCUAAAACUACAAUCAGGAGAAUAAAGGAAUCAGAGUCACUAGAUGUAGAUUAAAGUAAGGCUGGACAGAACUAACAUCUCUCCAGUUUAAAUUUAAAGUAGUAGACACAUAAAACCAAAACCAUCAUGCACAACCCAAUACAAUAGCAAAAACUACAACCAAAAAGCUCAAAAAAGAAUAAUGUAAGAUGUAAAAGGGUUAUAUUGUUGGGCUGACGUAGUGGAUUACAGAAUCUGAAGUGGCUUUGUGGUUGUUGUGUCUCCUCCAGUUGAUGACCAAGAUUACUGUGCACAUUGUACUAAUCGUAUUACUGCUUUUUUGUGAUGUACGCACUAUUUAAAGCUGCAGUAGAUGCACUUUUAUAAAAAUGUAUGACAAAGAUAAGUGAUUGUUGAGUCUCAUUUCCAGGUCCCAAAGUGUCUGUAUUUAAGGACUUGGGGAUGAGUUUCUUUUGGCUCUGAUUGGUUGCUGCUUAUAUGAUUAGGAGCACUAGGAGGAGCUAUCUGUCUUCUGUACUACUGUCAGGAUAUAGUGAAGGCUUCGGCAAAUAUGGAAAAAAAAAAGGUUACAAACUGCAGCUUUAAAGGCAGGUUCCUAAAAGCAGUGUAUUUUCAGAGGAUGGUCCUAAGAGGUUUGAUUCUGUGUCGAAGUGGUUAUGUAGUGUGAAUCCUUUUUAAUUCUAUCACUCUCUAUCUUUCUCUAUAACUGACAACAAAACACACACAAAAAGAGAGCCAAAUAGAUUCCAUUCCAUUAUACCAGCCAGCUAAGUGGAAUCUACUGUGUUCUGAACAUUUGUGUUUCAGCUUGCCUGUUCAUCCCAUUCUACCUAAUGUACUAACUGAAGACAUUUGAUUAUUAUAACAAGAAAUACAGUAUGUCCAGGCCUCUAUAUCAAACAAGGUUAAAGACCAUGUUGCCUCUCACUGUUGCAAUCAAAGUGGAGAUCUUUCCAAUUCUUGUGAGGCGAGAAGUUGUGCAGAAGUCCAAUUGAGGAUUGUAUUCAGGAUAUCUGUAGUUUCUCCACCUCAAGUUAAACGUGUUAAUGAAGUGAGAAUAAUGUAUUCAUCUCAACAGUUCAGCCUUUCACACAAAGCAGCCCCUCGAGUAUCAAAACACUGGGAUGCAAAUGUAUCACUUUCUCUGCUCUGUUCAAAUAAACCAGCAGGUCAGCAGCAUGGAAACUGAAAAAAACUACAACCAAAAUGAUUUCAACAAGCAGUGCCUAUCAUUUUACUGCUCUUUUAAUUUAAGUUAUUUUGUAUGCUGUGCUUUUAAGUAUGUGUUGCAUUCAAAGACUACAUGGUUGUGUGAGACUUCACCCCAGUGAUUGGUGCUCAGAACAUCACCAGCCCUGGUCAGUGGAGAUGGGCUGUGCAGGUACUGAGGUAACAAGCCAUAAACAACCUGAAGAGUUGAAGAAAAUCUAGAGGAACGCUGAUAGAUAUUUUGAAGGAAAUUGAUGUUCAGUGGAUUCAUGGUUCUUCAUUUGAAGCUAGAUUAUGUUCAGGGACUAAAGUUGUGUUCUAUUUACGUCUCCAUUCUAGGUUACACUUAAAAAAGGCUCCGAAUGCAGCAGGAUUUUCUGAGUAGCAUUGAAGCAUUAGCAUUAGUCAUCCAGAGUCUUAAUGAUUCUUCUUUUAUCUGACCACAUAGACCUCAAAGGCCGUUUUUGGGAAGUUGUGAUGUUGCAAAACUUUAUAUUUUUAAUGAAUUCUAAAAAAAUAAUUUAAAAAUUGCAACAAUUUUUACAGUUUUUAUUUUCUCACCUGAUUUUAUUCUAAAAAAUUAAUAAAAACUUUGUAACAUGCAUUGCAAUGUUGUUAAAUCAGGCAUUUUAAUUCCAAAAACCACCUGGGCGUGGUGGUCAUAAUGUUAUACUGCCCCAUAGACAAACUGUGAUGCUGUGUGUUCUGACACCUUUCUAUCAGAACCAGCAUUAACUUGUUCAGCAAUUUGAGCUAUAGCCUCAUGUGCAUCAAUGAGCCUUGGCCCCCAAUGACCCUGCCUCCACUUCAGCUCUUUUCCUUCCAUGGACCACUUUUGAUAGAUACUGCCCACUGCAGACCGCAAAUCCCCCACAAGAGCUGCAGUUUUGGAGGUGCUGUGACCCAGUCGUCUAGCCAUCACAAUUUUGACCUUGUCAAAGUCACUCAAAUCCUUACGCUGCCCAUUUUUCCAGCUUCUAACACAUCAACUUUGAGGACAAAAUGUUCACUCUCUGCUUAAUAUAUCCCACCCACUGACAGGUGCCAUGAUAACGGCAUAAUCAGUGUUAUUUACUUCACCAUCAGUGCUCAUAAUGUUAUGGCUAAUCGGUGUAAAUGAACCACCUAGUCUCACGCCAAAGCUUGUAAUAAGAUAAGAUAGAUUUUAUUGAUCCCACACUGGGGAAAUUCUCUCGCUGCAGCAGCUCCAGAUACAACACAAAAUAGACCCGCCAAUCCACCAGAGGAUACCGUGUCAAUGUCACGUUUUGCCUCUCCCAGGUGGUAAAAGUACAUAUGUAUGAAGGUGCAGUACCAACAGUAGUAUAAGAGAUACAAAUUCCACAUGUUGGCCAGCAGGAGGAAGCUCAAUGGAGUGCAAGAAAGAGGUCUGAGUCUGAAACUUAAUGAGAAAUGAGCCUACUUCUGACUUGAUUUAUUAGCUUAGUAAACAGUUUCCUAAUGAGUUUAUGGUCUCAAUCUCUAGUUUCAAGUUGUCUUCCAUAAAGCCUGAUUUUGUAAAUGAUGGUCCCCUUUAGAGUAAAAAUAGACAAUAAAGCAGCAUAUUUUUAGGGUGUGGCUAUCUUGUCAUUGACAAAUCAUCCUCAGUGAGUCUGUCCAGCUCAACGCACCAAACUCAGAUCAAACUGUCAAACUAGGCAGUGCUGAUCAAAUAUGAAUCAAGAUUCUGUUACUGCAUUACCUACUUCUCUCCUCAAAUCUUUUCAUAAACAUAUUUUAGUGAACUGUUUAUCAGUUAUAUGAGAAUGUGUGUCGCUGGGUCAAUGCAGAACUCCAGGCUUCAGAAUGGUAUUCAACAAAUCAAUGGGUGACACUAACGAUAGGUUCACACUGAACAGCUGUUCAAAUCCUGUUUGAAACCAAAAGUCAUCACCUUUUCCUAACCCUUUUUAGGUUUUUCCUAACCAAUCUCAGCAAGCUUUAUUUUGAAAGUGAAACCAGACAUUGCAUAUUUAUUAUUGCUAACUUAAAGCGGAGUGAGCACAUGUUGAAAAUCUGACAGGCCAAGGCGAGGCAAACCGUGACACUGCCCAGGUGGACUGGUGUGUAUAUCAUACACUUUAGUGUGAUACUGGGUUGGACUGAUCAUUGCAUUAUUAUUACACACAUGUUAAUUAUUGCAGCAAUUGUAGUAAUAUAGUAUUAUACGUUGUUGCAUCAUAUUGAGUUUUUACUUUGAAUGCAUCGUUACUUUGUGAUUAAUUUUCCUUUAUAUUACCAUUUCUGUAUGUUUUUAAGGCAACAUUCGAUCAUGACUGAAACAACCCUGUGUGUCCUUUAUUUAUUGUUGAACAGCUUUCAGUCAACAAUUUGUCAGGGACUCCCACUUGAGUCACUUUUCAAUAAUACAUAGAAUGCAGUACAUAUGAUCAAGGUACUAAGUAUUAUUGGAUUCCCCAGACACAUCUUUUGAGCUUCGUCAAAAUGUCUUUGUAGUAUGUAAAACAUAAUUUUAACAUUAGAUCAGAAAGAUGACUGAUGUUGUCCAAGUUUGUGCUUAACUUUGAAUGCUGCUGAAGGAAGGGAUGGUGCUUAGUAUCAGUAAUCUAAAAUAAGAUAAGAUGGACAUAUGUAAUGUGCACUCUGUAGUGCACAUUUACAUUAAUAAAGAAAUAAUGUGUGCUAAGUAACAGCUUAGUAUAAUGCACUACAUAACAUGAGAGACAUGUAAAUACAGCCUAAUAUGUACAUGAUAAAGAUGCAGAGUUUAGUUAUUAGUUAUAUACUAUUAGGCUUUAUUUCAAUAUCAUUUGUGCAUUUGAGCUAUUCAGCUAAAUUUGUUAAAGCUAUAGUAGGUAACCUUUGUAAAAAAAAAUACUUUUUAGCAUAUUUGCUUUGAUCAAAAUUAAUUUUGAUAAAAGUUACCUACAGCAGCCUUAAUUAUUUAAGUAUGCAGUGGAUACUAAUCCAUAGCAUUAAUCAGCAUUUACUAAUUUCAUCCAGUUAGGAAAUACUUACAGUUAGUGUUACUACUACACCUUUAGAUUGCCUAAAUGUGGAGCCAGGAUGUCCCAUGCAGUUGUCUUUCUGCUCAAUGUUAAUAAAGUAACCACUGAAUCCACUUGACAGUUCAAAACUCUGAUUUGAUAGUAUUCACAGAUUUUAACUUGGUUGAAGCUGCUAAACUGACAUGAUUGUUUUGGCCCAAUGGUAAAUUGAAAAAUUCAUAAUCCGUCUUAAACUAAUGGUCAGUUUCUAUAAAAGAAUAUUGUCAAAGAUCUUUGAAAUUUGCAGACUACACGUUGAAUAAGAUGUCGUUAUUUAUUGGGAUCGAUUAAUGGAUUAACGUGUGAAGUGGCCUCUAGAUUUGUCUUUACUCUGUGGUACAAACCAAGUGCUGUUCUGACCUCUGUUAGCACUGAGGUGUAACAGAGAAUAACCAAACUACUUCUGGACAACUCCUGUUGAGAUGCAUCCUUUCAGAAUAAUAGCUGUAUUUCAUUGGUGGGUUAUGGUUAGUAUUGUAAGCACUGUAUGUGAUUCUUGUUUGUGGAUCAGAUCAUUGGCUGAAUGCUGAGUGAGGAACAAAGGGACUGUUGGAUGUCUAACUAUUACGUUUUGGGGAGGUUUUUGGGGGAUGUUUUCAUAGAGGGCUCUUUUCUAUAAACUGUCAAUGUUAUUCAACCCCCUGAAUGCUGCUGUUGUCUGAAAAACCUUGUAACUCCAGUAUGUUUCUUUUCUCUGUUUCUUACUUGAAUUGCAAGUUUGCUUUUUUUUAUUUGCAAUGGCCCUUUGGAACCAUUUCUGUAAUUGAGACAUGCAGCAGUUUGGAAACCUUUCUUAGUUACUGAAAAUGAGAUUUUGUAGAGCUACAAGUUUUCCUGUGACAGUGAUGCAACAUUGAUUCCUACAUGGUUUCUGCAUACUGUUUACUCCAUGUGCUGAAGACAGUUUGUAAUGAACAAAAUAGUUGUUUCUCAGAGAACAUUUUAAUGCAGUUUCAUAUUUUAAGGAUUUUGUUUCUCAUACCUUUUCAGAUAUUAUAGUAAAGGACUGCUUUGCUUGCUUCCAGAUAUACGUAUAUCCCUUACAUCAGAGAGAGCAUAGGCAUGAUUAGCUUUCAUCAGUUAUUGCAUGACUACAGCCCACACAGACCACAGGCCUUUUCGCAGUAAUAGUAUGCCAGGACUUUCUUGUCAACUUGACUUACUGUCCAAACAUACAAUUCUAUUUUAAAUGUUACAGCCAAUCAGACACAAUACGACCCCAAUAUAAGAAAAUAAUAGACACGGUAGAGGCAAGUUGGGUUUUACGCCAAGUCUGUUAUGUUCCAGCCUGGGAGAGCUGCUGACAUUAACCCUGGCUUGAGAUGUUCACUGUGGAAAGGGCUGCUGGUCUGGACUGGAUUUAGUUUGUAGCAGCUUUAACAAGAGCUUUUAGUACUUUUUCCUUUGGAUGUUUUUCAUCCGAAGUGAACGUCAAUAAUCAGCCUUUAUUUGCAUGUUGAAACUGUUCCUCUAGGACUACAUUUAGACAGGGACAGGAAAUGAUCUCAACACUGUGGCACUGUGGUUACGUGUUCUCAUGGCCACUGAAGUCAUGGACUUCUGUCUGUCUGUUUAAAGUUGGACUGUUCCUGUUUGAAUUAAUGUUUGAGUGACACAAGUGUUUCUGACCUAAUGUUAUUCAUCUGCUGUGGGGGAUAUUAACAUCUUCGAUAAUAUGUCAUUAUAACCACAUUUAGCCAUUGCUGUCAGCGAAUGCUGAUGAAUUCAUUACUGGAAAUGAGAAUGUUUCCCUAUGCAAAAAUAUACCAUUAAUAAACAAGCUAUACCACAA